CCCGGCGACCGCAGCCUGCGCCCGGCGCUGCAGCAGAGCCCCUCUCGCCGCAAAACGGUGCGGUUCGCCGACUCCCUGGGCCUGGAGCUCACCUCCGUCCGCCACUUCUGCGAAGCCGACCUGCCGCAAGUCCCGCUGCCCGCCCCGCCGCGUCCCGCCGACCUCCUCAAGACCAGGAAGCCGCCGGCGUUGGGGGAACUGGAGCCGGUGCUCUUCGGGCCGCCGCCGCCGCUGCUGGAGCCGCUCUUCCCGCCGCAGCCCGGCGCCAGCCCCGGCUUCGCCGAGCGGGUGCGGCAGCACAAGGUGAGGCUGGAGUGGGUGCGGGCCGAGCCGGCGGGGCUGCGGGGCGCCGUCCGCGUCCUCAACCUGGCCUACGAGAAGGCCGUGUCGGUGCGCUACACCCUCAACCGCUGGGCCAGCUGCGCCGAGGUGCCCGCCGCCUACCAGCCGGCCGGCCCGGCCGACGGCCUCACCGACCGCUUCGCCUUCCUCCUGCCCCUCGGAGCCGCCGCCGGUGCCGCCGAGCCCACGCUGGAGUUCGCCGUCCGCUACCGCGUUGCCGGCGCCGAGUAUUGGGACAACAACGAAGGGGCCAACUACCGGCUGCGGGGCCGACAGCGCGGCCCGCCCGCCCCCGGACCGCUGCACGACCCCGACAGCACCGCCUGGAUCCACUUCAUCUGAGGCGGGGGGCGGCGGCGGGGGGGCCGGGGCCGCCUUCCCUGAGGGGACGGGGGAUCCGCGGGCCCGGUCCCGCCCGUCCUGAGGGGCCAUCGGGCCCGGGCCCGCCUUCCCUGAGGGGACGGGG